ACACUUUCGUCACAUCUGCGUUUCUCUACACGCUUUGGGCUCUACCAACGUCGGCGCAAUAGUUUGUGUCGCAUAUUCGCAAUCACCUCAAAGUUUUCGAUUCUACUUUCACGCCCACUCCUUCGCGCUGCACCUGGCGACCUCGCAGCGGCGACCGAACGAGCUCAGAAGCGGGGACAAAAGUUGGCAGCUUUACGACACCAUGAACCACGUCAGAGCAACACGGUCAAUAUGGAGUAGAAGCGCAGUACUCAAGCGCAUAACCCAGACAUCACGAAGAACAUAUGCAGCCGAAGCGCCACCACCGCAUCCACCCAGCUCGCCGCCAAAUCCAAACUCAGCACCGCCGCCAAAAGAGCCAUCGCGGGUAGGCGCAUACUACGGCACCUUCGGCUCACCCCUCUUAAAAUGCUUCCUCGGCGCCCUCUUCACAUACCAACUCUCUUACUAUCUGUGGUACAAACUCGAAGCCAUUGAGGAGACGCACGACACAAAAGCCGAGAUACGCGACUUGCAAGAGGAGCUGCGGCAGGCGAUUGAGAAACAGCGGUGGAUGGCGCAGCAGAAGUGGGGGCAGGCUACUGAGGCGAUGGAGAGGGAGAGGGAGGAGUUUGGACAGGCGGUUGAUGCGGUUGUGGAAGAAGUUAGGGAGGGGGCUGAUGAGGUGGGGAAGGGGACGAGGGCUGUGGGGAGAGUUGCCAGGGGGGGUUGGUGGCCUUGGUGA